AAUGGGAGUGGGAGGGAUGUAAAGAACCACUGGAGUGGAGCAAAGCUGGACUAACCAAACCGUUUAGAGGCGAGCUCCAACAUAAACAAGGUUUAAAUUACUCAGAGGAGAAGUGAUGCUGACACGAUGGUCUCUGCUCUCAAGGUUUAGGAGUUCAGGAUGGGAGAAGCUGAGGACAGUGUUGCUGUGGUGGGAAUCGGGUGCAACUUCCCAGGAGGAGAAGGUCUCGAGCAUUUCUGGAAAGUUCUGCUUGAAGGCAGAAACUGUUGUGUUCCGAUCCCCAAGGAGAGAUUUGACAUUUCGAGGUGGUUGGACCCAGAUGACUCAAAGCCGGGUAAAUCUCGCACAGGCAAGGCCUCGCUCAUCAAUGGAUUUAACGAAUUUGACCACAAGUUUUUUGGCAUCAGCGACAGCGAAGUAGAACAAAUGGAUCCCCAACAAAAGCUGCUCCUUCAGUGUGUUUACAGAGCUCUAGAAAAUGCUGGACUUCCUUUGGAGAAGGCCAGCGGGACCAGGACCGGAGUCUUUUUUGGCAUAAUGAACCGAGAUUAUGAAACAAAUGCUGCACAUGUGCACCCCAGUGUGAUUAACCACUGGACCGGAACCGGGCUCGCCAUGAGCAUCGCUGCAAACAGAGUCUCCUACACCUUUAACUUCACAGGACCUUCGCUGUCCGUCGACUGUGCCUGCUCGUCCUCACUUGUUGCCCUUCAUCUCGCCUGCCAGUCCAUCAAACAAGGAGACUGUGACAUGGCUGUUUGUGGAGGUGUUUCCUGCAUCAUUGAGCCAAGGGUGUUUGUAGCACUCAGUAAGGCCAAGAUGAUCUCACCGGAAGGGACAAGCCAACCGUUUUCCAGUAGAGCCGAUGGGUACGGCAGAGGAGAAGGAUGUGGGGUGGUUCUCCUCAAACCACUGAGAAACGCUCUUCGAGACCAUGACCACAUUUGGGGCAUCAUCAGCAAAACCGCAGUAAACCAGGAUGGACGUUCCGUCACUCCGAUCACCAAACCCUCCAUGAGUCAACAAGAGGAGCUGCUGAGAAGAAUCUACUCAGACACGGACAUCGCUUGCGUCCAGUACAUAGAAGCUCAUGGAACUGGAACCCCAGCUGGAGAUCCAACGGAGGCUGGAAGCAUCUCCAAUGUUAUUGCUAAAGCCAGACCGGCCGGUUCUGGGCCACUGCUGAUUGGAUCCGUGAAGGGCAACAUCGGACACACGGAAUCUGCGGCCGGAGUGGCCGGACUCAUUAAGGUGCUCCUGAUGAUGAAGCACAAAACCAUCGUCCCAUCUGUUUUCUACUCUGAAGAAACUUCCAGCAUUGACACCAAUGCCUUGAAUGUAAGAAUUCCAUGGAAGACUGAAAUAUGGGGAUCUUCCACAGCCAGAGUCGCGGGGGUAAACAGCUUUGGGUUUGGGGGAACAAAUGCACAUGCUAUAGUCAAACAGCACUUGCAGUCAGAUGUUGAGCAGAAAAUCGAAGAGAAGAAAACAAAAUAUUUCGUCAUUUCGGCUAAUUCCCAAAAAUGUCUCACCAUGAUGAUCGAGGAUACCAUUAAACAGCUGGAGGUAGAUGAUGAAGUUCAUCUGGAUUCUCUGUUGUACACAUCAGCUUGUCGAAGAAGCCACCAGAAACAUAAAUACAGGAAAGCCAUUUUGGUUUCUUCUAUGGGUGAUCUUAAGGAGAAGCUACGAGUCGCCGUCGGUAAAACCGUUCACCCAGCUCCCUCUGAUUCGAGAUUGGUGUUUGUCUUCUGUGGAAAUGGCGUCACCUACCACGGCAUGUGCAAACAGUUGCUGAAAAAUGAACCCGUUUUCAGAGAAAAGAUCAAAGAAAUUACAGAACUUUUCCUAAAUCUGAGCCCUCUGAACAUCCUGGACUCACUUGAAAGUGAGUAUGAAAGUUGUGGCUUUAAAAACCCAGAUGUUGGACAGCCCCUCCUCUUUGCGAUCCAGGUCGGCAUUAAUGCAUUACUCCGGCACUGGGGGGUCAAACCCGACGCGGUGCUAGGACACUCUAUAGGGGAAGUUGCUGCAGCUCAUUGUUCAGGCCUUUUAUCUCUCAAAGAUGCUGUGAAAAUCAUUUACUUCCGCAGCUUCCUUCAGGGAAAAGUCACAGGCGGAAAGAUGCUUGUGAUCAGCAACAUAGCCGUAUCAGAGGUAGCUUCUCUUCUCCCUAAAUACUCUGGAAGACUCGACCUUGCUGCCUUCAACAGCCCACAAUCCUGCACCCUCUCAGGUGACGCAGAUGCAAUUGACAGCCUCCAUGAGGAGCUUUCCAACUCUGCUAAUGGUCAGAAUCUGUUUCUUCAUCUGCUCGAUGUUCCCGCUGCUUACCACAGUCACAUGAUGGAUCCAAUUCUACCCAAAAUCAAGGAGAUGAUCGGCUCCUUGCAGGAGAACAACCUUGACACAGAGCUGUUUUCAACGGUCACAGGGAAGGAAAUCCAGCAGGGAGAUUUCUGCUCAGGCGAAUACUGGGCGAGAAACAUUCGUGAGCCAGUUGCUUUUGAGCAGGCUUUGAGGUUGUCAACUAAAGGGAAGAGGGGGGUAGUCUUUUUAGAGAUAGGGCCAAGAAAGGCACUGCAGAGAAACAUUAUGGAAACUCUGGGAAACAACAUAGCUGUUGUUGCUUCAGUAGAGCCGCAAAAAGAUCACGAGUCCUUUAUCUCUGUUGUUUCUAAACUGUUUGAGCUGGGCGUCCAGGUCAACUGGAACAGCUUCUACAGAGGCUACGAGACAAUACCACUGUUCUUCCCAACGUACCAGUUUGAUUGCCAAAACAGGGACGUCAUAAUGAAAGCAGCUCAGAACGGUAAAUCCAGCACUCAUCCCGUGCUCUGCAACAUGGGAAGUGAGGGCGAUAUGUUCAGCUGCAAUCUCACAUCUGACUCUACCUUCUACCUAAAAGAGCACAAACACAAUAAUGUACCCAUCAUCCCUGGUGCCUUCUAUGCUGAGCUGGGUUUGGCUGCAUUCAUGGCCAGCGCAAACCCAAAAGUACCCCUCAGCUCACUUCAGCUCAGUGUCAGUUUUCUCAGUCCUUUUGUUUUAACACAAAAUUCUCCUGAGAUGAAAGUGCAAUUGGAACAAACAGUAGAUGGAACUAGUUUCUCUAUAUUUUCUGCAUCUGCUGUGUACGCCUCAGGCUCGGUGGUUUCUAAGAAAGAAAGGAUGGUUAAAAAUCCGAGCAUUUCAUUAAGCUCCAUCUACAAACGAUGCACGUCUGUUGUGAGUUUUGAGGAGUUUUACGGUUACCUCUCUCAAGGAGGCUUCCAGUAUGGAGAUGUCUUCCAGAAUAAGGCAGAUGUGCAUUAUGGGGAAGAUCUUAAGGAGGCGUUUGCAGUUGUUUCGGUACCAGAUGAUCUGCAGUCUCAUUUGCACGACUACUGCAUUCAUCCCGUUGUGCUGGAUUAUUUGAUGCAGCUUCUCUCCAUUACAGUCAAACACACCUUUGCAGGCAGACCUGGAUUUCCCGCCAAAAUAGGCACCCUCACAGUGUUUGAACCCUUGGAAAAUGAGAUGGUUAUCUAUCUGAGAACGGUUGACAUGGGCGUUGAUCACUUUGAGGUUUGUGGUUGCUUUGUAGAUAAGGAAGGCAGAAUUUUGGCCGAGUUGAAGCACGUGAUAAUCAAGUACCUCGGCAGUCGCUCUCAUGUUGUUGACGAGUAUUUCUACCACAAUAGUUUCACUGUAGUCCCUAAACGCUUCCCCCCUUCACCUCCUCCGAAGACUUUGGUCUUUGCUGACUGUUUGGGGAUCUCAAAAGCUCUAUGGCAACAUUUAGACCCUAAAUCUAAGUGUAUUUCUUUCACACAUGCAAAAGACAUCUUAAGCAACGGAUUUCCAUCUGUUCUGACAAAUCUCAAAAUCUCAAAUGUUAAUAAAAACUUUGACGAGGUGUUGUUUUUGUGGGGAAAAGAGAACCUCACGUCACAGGCAGCCGACGUCACCCUGCAGAAUCUGGCAAACUGCUGUGAGAUUUUCCGCCAAAUAGUCCUGGAGAUGAAGCGGAUCUGCUUCCCCAAAGCAAUCCGAGCUGUGACCUAUCGAUCGUCUGACGUUACUGUAGACCACAUAAGUCCUGGUUUUGCUCUUGCUGGUAUGAUGAGAUCACUUGCGGCAGAGUUGCCAGAUCUUUCUUUUCAACUGAUUGACAUAAGUGCAAUCUCAAAUCAGGACAUCACAGCUCUUUCAGAUGUCCUGAGAUCACAUCCCUGCAGCGAGUACCCAGAGCUGGUGGUAAAAGACGGGCUGAUCUUGAAACCUUCCAUAGUCCGUACCCCGCUGGAAGUCCCUGAGACUAAAGAGGGGAGUUACACCUCUUUAACGUCUAAACCGUGCAUCUUCCAGACUAAUGAUGCACAUCAAAUUACCCAAGUGAGUGCUCUUCUUUGUGUGGAAGAGGCCCAGACAGUCAACAACUCAUCUGUGGAAAUUCAACCCAAUGCAAUAUGUGCUCACUCUGCUGAUUACUUCCCCGUCAGUGACUCGGUUCUCAAAUUUGGCCCAACUCUGUAUUGGAGCAAACACUCAUCCCAGAAGCACAAGCUUCUUGCCCUUGACUUUAGUGGUACUGUUACAGCAGUUGGGAAAGAUGUCAGAAAGCUCAAAGUUGGGGAUCAUAUAGCUUCUUGUUAUCCAGUUGUGGCUGCUAGUAGGGUUCAAGUGUCAGAGCAUGUGUGCUACAGCACCAGGAGGUUCUCAUUCCUUCUCAAAACUCCGUGUGUUUCCUUUUUUGUCCUAGCAUGGGAGAUCCUCCAUCGAGCCUUACCAAGAGCCAAACACGACUUGGGAAUCAUUUGCACGGAACCUGAUUCUGUUCUGGUGAAAGUCUUGGCACUUACCUCUCACAAAUCAGGCUGGAAUGUGAUUUUAGCCACACAGUCUAAAAGCUCGUUUGUAGACAGAAGUCAAGUGGAUGCAUUUGUCAUUCUGCCACCAUUUGAUGAAUCCCUCACAGCAAAAGCAUGCAGCUUUCCAGGUGUCCAACACGUUGUAAUCGUCUGCGAGUCUCAAAAGCAGCAUUUGCUUGUUCAGGAUUUGUGCCAAAAUGUAAAAGAGAUUGUUCACGUGCAGGCGAUUCAGAUGUGGGCCGUUUUGCAAAAAGGGAACCUGAGAGAACGCAGACCACGCAUCUAUCGUUGGCUGAAAUCUCUGAACCUGAGCAGGAAGUUCACUCUCGAUAACUUCACCUUUCAGAAUGACAAAUCUGAACGUGAAAGCCUCAAAUCAGAAAAACUACCAUCGUAUUUCAGUUCAAAGAAGCUGGCGGUGAUAGCUCUGGAAAAGAGUGUAAGCGGUAUAUCUGAAAUUCCACUGCUGCCACCAAACAAACAGCUAUUUAGAAAGAAAUCCGUCUACAUUGUAGCUGGUGGUCUGUCUGGUUUGGGUUUCGAGACGGUCAAGUUUAUCUCCCAAAGAGGUGGGGAGUAUGUCGUUGUUCUCUCCAGGAGCAAACCAACUCCAGAUGUGCAGCGAGAACUGCUCACCAUUCAGAAACAAUGUGGAAACAGCAUCACCAGCAUGGAGUGCGAUGUGUCUGUAUUUGAACUUGUGCACAACAUGGUCAAUGCCAUUGAGCAUAGGUUCAGUGGCUGUCCAAUAAGAGGAGUGUUUCACAGCGCGGUGGUCCUGCACGACGGGCUGAUUGAGACCCUGAACAGAUCACUUUAUGAGAAAGUUUUAAAACCCAAAGUGAAUGGCGUCUUGAAUUUGCACCGAGUGACUCAGCACUGUGAGUUAGACUACUUUGUGUGCUACUCCUCCAUCUCUGCAUUCCUAGGAAACGCAUCGCAAACAAACUACGCAGCUGCCAACUCCUUCCUUGACCUGUUCUGCCAGUACAGGCGCAGACUUGGACUGCCCGGACAGUCGAUCAGCUGGGGAGCCCUAAAUCUCGGUCUGCUGCUGAACAAAGAGCACUUCCAUCGCUUUCUUGAGGCAAAGGGGAUGAUGGUGUUGGAUGUGGCAGAGAUUCACAAAAGCUUGGAGCAGUGCCUCAUGCUCAACCAGCCCCAACAAGCCGUGUGCAGGUUUCACUUCAGGAACAUCAGGUUCAACGUUCUCUCUCAGAACAAAGCCCUUACCUUGCGUCUUAAAGCAUUAGUUGACGAGGCCUUCCAAAAAUCCAAAGAAACAAAUUCUGAGGCUAAGCAAACCGAUACUGUUUCACCAAAAGAAUACGUCAUCUCUGUGCUGAGCGAGACCAUCGGCACUGAUCAGAGCGAUCUCAGUGAGCAGGUUCUGCUGUCGUCUUUAGGGAUGGACUCCAUGCAGGCCAUGACUCUCCAGAAUCUCAUGUUUCAGGAGAGAGGUGUCAAUGUGCCCCUUGUGAAACUGUUGGAUCCAAAUGCUACGUUAUCAACAGUGAUUGCUGCACUGGGUGAAGCAGAUGAGGGGGAGAAGUCUUUCCUGGCAGAAGGCUUGAGUGAUCUGUCUACAAGAUUGUAAAAAAAGAA